AUGGACGUGAAGAACGCGUUCUUACAAGGAGAGCUUGAAGACGAGGUCUACAUGAAGCCACCGCCCGGUCUAGAAGACACCAUCGGCCCGGGAAAAAUGUUUAAACUCAACAAGGCUAUAUAUGGUCUUAAGCAAUCACCUAGAGCAUGGUACCACAAACUGAGUACAACCUUGCUUGGGAGAGGCUUUCGCAAGUCAGAAUCAGAUCAUACACUCUUCACACUACCAAGUGACAAAGGUAUAGUGGUCAUACUAGUAUAUGUUGAUGAUAUCAUCAUAUCUGGAAGUGACAAGGUAGGCAUUCAAGAUACUAAAGAAUUUCUUAAAUCAGUGUUUGAUAUUAAAGACCUUGGAGAGCUUAAGUAUUUCCUUUGGAUAGAAGUAUAUCGAUCAGAUGAAGGAUUAUUCUUAUCACAAAGAAAAUAUGCACUUGAUCUCUUAAGUGAAGCAGGAAAACUUGGAUCAAAGGCUGUGACCACACCACUUGAGGAAAACUACAAGACAGCCGGAAAGGGGGAGCCUCCAUUCGAAGAUGUCACUCGCUAUCGACGUCUAGUAGGUAAGCUUAUAUACCUAACUAUUACUAGACCUGAUAUUUGUUUUGUUGUGAACCAGGUGAGUCAACAUAUGCAAAACCCGACUAGACAUCACUGGAACAUGGUGAACCGAAUCCUCAAGUACAUCAAAGGAUCACCAGGACAAGGCAUAUGGAUGGGAAGGAAUGAAAGCACCGAAUUGGUAGGAUAUUGCGAUGCUGACUAUGCUGGAGACUGUGGGGAUCGUCGUUCAACCACCGGAUACUGCACAUUCCUAGGAGGAAACCUUUUCACGUGGAAAAGCAAGAAACAAAAGGUGGUCUCACUAUCGAGUGCGGAGUCCGAGUAUAGGGCCAUGAGGAAGCUGACUACGGAACUCAUGUGGCUUAAAGCCUUAUUGAAGGAUCUUGGAGUCGAAUCAGCAAAACCCAUCACCAUGCAUUGCGACAAUGAGGCAGCCAUUCAUAUAGCCACCAACUCCUUAUUCCACGAGAGAACGAAACACAUUGAAGUCGAUUGUCAUAAGGUGCGAGAACAAAUUCAACUUGGUGUCACUCUCCCAUGUCACACCGACAGCAAAGAACAACUAGCCGACAUUCUUACAAAGGCAGCCAGUCCACAAGUGUGUGAGUAUAUUCACCCUACGCUCGGCCUUAAAGAUCUCACUCGGCCAUGA